CGAGCAGAAGUGAAGCUGGAAGAGCAGACUGAAGGGAGAUCUCUUUUUAUGAUGGUUUUGUGGAGACACAGGCUUCUGUGCGACUCUCUGGUUAUGAGAAGGAAGAGGAUAAUGAUGAUGGUGACGAUGAAGCUCAGGACUGCAUCAAAGGUUUAAGCCAACGGCGAGACUGCAUCAGAAACAACCAACACAGUGUAUUUUCCCACACUAUGGAAGUCAAUGGCUACCGUCCACUGUUUGGUUACCAACAUUCUUCAGAAUAUCUUCUUUUAUGUUCAACAGAAGAAAGAAAUUCAUGCAAGUUUGCAAUAACUUGAGGGUCAAACGAUGCAAGAUUACAGAAUAGUACUUGAAGAGAGACACAAUGUCACGUAUGAGGACAAUGAGAAUUUUCAGAAUCAAGAUUCUCCAAUACACUACAGUUACUGUCAUGAAGAGGUUUUGAAUUAUUAUGGUGGACUGUGCUGGGAGAUUUUCAAUGUCAACAUGAGUGAACUGGGCAAGGACAAUUGGUGUAAUAUGGAGAUGGUGAUAAGAAACUACAACAUGUUAACUGAGUGUGUUGAGAACGUAUGCUAUGCGCUAAAGUGUUUCUACCCUAAUCACGUGAUGGAGGAGCUGUUCGUGAGGAUACACCAGCAGUACUUCAGUUCUUGUAACAAUGAAGAAGAUUUACCCGACGCCCCGGCUGGAGUCGUGCUCAUAUCCACACUGCUGCCUAUCCUCCUCAUACCCUUCAUAGUCUACAUCGUGAUCUGGAAGAGUAGUUUAAGGGACUGAAUGCUUUUGCCUUAUCCCGGAUGAGUUAAAGUGAUACUUCGCUUCAGAAAUUGAAAUCCUGUCAUCAUUUACUCACACUCACGUCUGCCACCUGUAUGACUUUCAUUCUUCUAAAGAAGAUAUUUUGAAGUUGUUGUUUGGAUGUUCUUCAGAAUAGAUUUUUUUUGUGUGUGUUUUGCAGAACAGAGGAUUGAAAUGAGAUGAGGGUGAGUAAAUGAUGACCCAGUUUUUAGUUUUUGAGUGAGUGGUUGCUUUAAAGUAAACUUGGACUAUACAAAGUUCAUGUGGUUCACAAUGAUGUAAUUACUGUAAAUAAAACACGCAGUGGGUGUGUGAAUUUUCAACACACUCAUGAUUGAAUGUAUAACAGAUGCACGAUUUGUGAUCAUGAUAUGAAUAUACUGUGGCUUACUGAAAAUAUCCUGCUAGACUUUUUUCGGGUGUUGUAUGUCAGUUUACAGCUAUUUAUUUUAAGUUUGAAAAUGCUCAGCAACUCACACAAAUGUAAGCCUAAACAUUAAACAAAAUAUCGAAGCCCUAUUUUUAAUGCAUUAUAAGCAUAUUUGUAAUGGCAUGAAUAAUCCCUUAUAAAAACCAUUAUAAUCGUUUCAUCA